AUGGCCCAACUGAAGUAUACACCACCCAGGCAAUCAUCACCAACUAUCCACGUUCCCCGACAGCUUCAGGACUGCGAGUUCAUUUUUGUCCGAAAUGACGCGGUAAAGAAACCACUAACACCAACAUACCAGGGUCCAUUCAAAGUCUUAAAACGCUCUGAGAAGCAUCUCACCAUUGAUCGAGGAAGCCGGAUGGACACCAUCUCCAUCGACAGAGUCAAACCAGCUUUUCUGGAAAUAUCUCCACGGGAGGCAGAACCCGUCUCAAUACACCCAGAACCCUCACCUGCCUCAACAACCACGCAAUCGCAACCAUCACAACCGAGCUUCCAGCUCUCUCCUGCAACUUCCAGCACUCCUGCAGCUUCCAGCUCACUCCUGCAGCUUGCAGCACCCAGCUCACCCCAACAGCUUCCAGCGGCCUCCAGCUCACCCCUGCGGCGCUCUACUGACGUCCCGCUACCUAUUCCAGCACCCGCUGACGACCUAAUCCAGUGCCCACUGACGUCCAGCGCCCGUUAUCGUCCGGACACCGUUCCCGAACAAACGACCUCUGUCGUCUUACCAUCCACCGAUUUAUUGUAUUUUUUUUAUUACAUUUAUAAACACACACACACACUUACAAAUCGAAUAUCUAUCUAUCUAUCUAUCUAUCUAUCUAUCUAUCUAUCUAUCUAUCUGGCGUAA